CGAAACGUAAGUCGGUGAGCCUCUCUCUCUCUCUCUUAAACAGAUCUAAAAAACCAAAGAAGCGAGAGAACAAAAUCAGUCUUCUCCUCUCCCUUUAUAUAUAAGCACAGAUUUAUAAAUCUGUUUCCCUCUUCCCGAUUUCUCAAUUCUUUUCGUAUAAAAGCUUCAUCUUUUCUCAAUUCUCCCGUCUCUUUUCUCCUGAUUCCUCCCGUUUAAUCUUCUCUAAAUCGUUCUAAAUCUACGAAACCCUAGAUUUCUUGUUCGAAGCUCGGAUUUGCUCGCUGUCGAAAGGUCUGACCUUUAAUCCUUUUUUCAUGGGUUCUUAAUCGUUUAGUGAACCUCUUGAAUACGAUUGGAUCUUACUGGCUCUAUAUUCUUAGAUAAUUGAAACCCUUUAAAAGAAUCUAUCUGAGGAAUGGCUGAUCAAGCAUUGGAAGGGAGUAAUCCAGUGGACCUUGUCAAGCAUCCUUCCGGGAUUGUUCCUACUCUUCAAAACAUUGUUUCUACGGUGAAUUUAGACUGCAAGCUCGAUCUUAAAGCCAUAGCUUUGCAGGCUCGGAAUGCUGAAUAUAAUCCCAAGCGUUUUGCUGCGGUGAUUAUGAGGAUCAGAGAACCCAAGACUACAGCAUUAAUAUUCGCCUCAGGGAAAAUGGUCUGUACUGGAGCAAAGAGCGAAUACUUUUCUAAGAUGGCUGCAAGAAAGUAUGCUAGGAUAGUGCAGAAAUUGGGAUUCCCUGCAAAAUUCAAGGAUUUCAAGAUUCAGAAUAUCGUAGGUUCUUGUGAUGUCAAAUUUCCUAUAAGACUUGAAGGUCUUGCUUACUCUCACGCUGCUUUCUCAAGUUAUGAACCCGAGCUCUUCCCAGGUCUUAUUUACAGGAUGAAAGUGCCAAAAAUUGUUCUUCUAAUCUUUGUAUCUGGGAAGAUCGUGAUCACAGGAGCCAAGAUGAGAGACGAGACAUAUAAAGCCUUUGAGAAUAUAUACCCCGUCCUCAGAGAGUUCAGGAAGAUACAGCAAUAGAUCACAGAUGUGGAGGAUUUGUUCCCUGCCCGAAAAUAGUUGUGGCGAUAGAAGCCCCUUGCAGUUGUUAAAGUUUGCUGAGGAUUUGACCCUUGAAGAAAGGCUUUCACAGUAUCUAGACUCUCACCUUGUGUUUUGGUUCAUAAUAGAACAUUGUAAAUACACAAUGGAGAUUCCAAAGACAAUUCUUCGGUUCUUUUUUCCAAGAUAUGUCUCACAUGUACGCUGCUGUAGCCACUUCUCACGUAUGUUAUGUACAAACUUAAUUCAAUGUGCUGCCCCACCUGCUUUGAAA